AUGCAUUUCUCUUCUGCUGCACUCCUUGCUCUUUGCUCUAUCAGCGUGACCUACGCGGCACCUUUCGCCAAUCCCGAGAACGAAGAUCUCGCUCGCCGCGCAACCUACUCCGUGGUCAAUGCCGAUGAAGACUCUUCCAGCGCAGUUGCACGCGAAGUCGACACCGUCUUCGAAACCUCAACAGUCACUGCUCCUGGUGCCGACCCAGUGCCCAUCACUGUGACUGUGACAGCCACCCCUUCAAGCGUGGUUCAGUCCUCGACUCCUGUGGCUAGCUCUACUCCGUGCUGGGAGUCCCCUAAUGUUCUUCCAGCUGCCGGUCCUAACUCGUUCUUCCGCCGGGGCCUGAGAGCCGCUGGCCAGCCUGCUAUCUUUGCUCGCGAGUACUCUAGCUCCUCUUCUGCUGCGCCGGACGCAACCAAGUAUCCCGCUGCCUCUGCCGCUGAGUCUCUCUAUGCUCGUGGCUGGUACUCUGUUGCUUCUGGCACUCCUUCUGUUGCCACCCCUACCGCUUCGCCUAGUUCCCUCGUGGCUCGCGGCUUCGGUGAUCUGUUCUCUUCCGCUUCCGUCGCACCUUCUUCCAGCCUGAGUGCUUCCGUCAUUGCCACUCCUCUCGUCGCGCGUGGCUGGUACUCUUCUGCUGCUACCCUCUCCGCCUCGGCAACUCCUCUCGUCGCCCGUGGCUGGUACUCUUCUGCUGCUACCCCAUCUGCCUCGGCGACUCCUCUUGUGGCUCGCGUGGCUCGAGGCUUAGGUGACGGGUCUUCUUCCGCUUCCCCUUCUUACUCUAGCGUGACUGUGCCUCUGUCCCCCACUCCCCUUGUUGCCCGCGAUGUGUACGCUUCUCCCUCCCGCAUUCCCUCCAGCUCGAGCGUCCCUACUUCAGCUGCUCCUCUGGCUGUCCGCGGGUCCUAUGGCUGGUACUCUCCCGUCCCAAGUGCUUCCUCUGUAGCCACACCUUCUGCUUCUCCUGCUCUUGUGGCCCGCGGUGUCCGCAACUGGGGCUCUUCCAGUGUCUCUUUGCCUGUCUCCAGCACCUUCGCUGCAUCGGCUACUCCUGUGGUCUACUAA